GUUUCAAAUUGGUCUGUGAUGGCGAAAGUGAAGAUUGCAGGGACAUGGGUGGGUGUGUUGGAGGUUGAAUUGGACAGCUGGACGGUGCCGAUGUUGAGAGAAGAGGUUGCAAAGCGAUCAAGCUGCGAGCCGGGGUCGAUCAAUUUGAUUUGCGCCGGAAGGGUUUUGAAAGACGGCGACGGCAGCGAGAGUUUGACCCAGUUGGGUGUUAAGAACAACGCCAAGAUUCUGGCGAGCAGGGUUUGUGCUCAGGAGGGUAAGUCUUUGGGUCAGGAGUUGAUGGCUGAGACUGAACGGGCUCAGAGACUAGCGAGAGUCAAGGCUGCAGCGACUGCGUUGUCCAAAAGGCACGCGGAUGGUUCAUUGCCGAUUGAAGAUUUCAAUAUAGUACUGGAAGAUCAGAGUGGGAAGAAAGUGCAAAUGGGGUCGGAGACUGAUCAACGGGCAAUCAUGAUGGGACUGAUGCUUCAUACCAAUGCAAAGCAACUGAUUAAAGCACAAAAUUACCAAGAUGCAUUGGAAGUGCUCACCAUGGGGGAGGAAGCUUUCUCUCUCUGUGAUCCGAAGGUUAUUGAGUUGGUUGACAAUCCUUCCAUACUGCAAAUCGAUAUGGUUUGGUGUUAUUUCAUGCUUAGAGACAUCAACUGGCUCUCAGUGGCAGGAAUUCGCCUUGAGAAAGCCAGACAAGGACUUGAACGAGCUCAUGGGAAGGACUCUUCUCGUGUUAGGCUCCUUCAGGCAGGUCACUAUCCAGAGCGUGCACUAUAUUUGAGACUGGAGCUGCUGGAAGGUGUGGUGGCAUAUCACAGUGGACAGGUUGAUAAGUCAAUGAAGGUGUUGACCUCUGCACAAGAGAAGUUCACCCAGCUUCAGGUGCCGGAUGAAUCCCUUUCUCUUGUGAUGAGUAUGGGCUUUAGAGAAAGAGAUGCAAAAAGGGCAUUGAGGAUGAGCAAUCAAGAUGUCUCCAGUGCUGUUGAUUUUCUUGUUGACCAGAAAGCAAAGAGAGCCCAAAAGCGGGAAGAUGAUAUUCAGCGGCGUAAUGAAAUUAUGGAGCAAAAGAAGUAUGGUACCACACCCCUGAAGAAAGCUGUGGAUAUGGAGAAAUUGAACCAACUGGUCUCCAUUGGAUUUGAAAAGGAACUUGCUGCUGAAGCACUUCGAAGAAAUGAGAAUGACAGUGAGAAGGCAUUAGAUGAUUUGACAAAUCCAGAGACCAAUUCUUCCAUUCAGCAACACCUUGAAUCAAGGAAAAAUAAGCGACAGCGCCAAGCAGUAGAUGCUUCAGUUGAAGCUCUUGUACGCAUGGGCUUUGACAGAUCAUUAGUGGUCGAGGCUUUGCAGGGUGGAGGGACAAUGGACCAAGCAAUCCGUCAACUGCUCUCAGGACAGGCACCAAACCCUACAAAUGCUGCUGGCCAAUCAGAGGCAAUCCCUGCAGUUGAUGCUAACAACAAUAGCCAAUCUGAAGCUGCUACUGACAUUGCAAAUUCUCUUGCUUCAAUGCUUGAUAAUCAAAAUGGUCAAGUCGGAGGUCCUUCAACAUCUACUAAUGCAUCAGAGCGUGAUGCAGAAAUGGAAAGCGAACUUGCUGAAGAACUAGCACAAGGAGAUGCUUUCACUGACUAUGACAUUGAAGUUACCAAAGAAGGUGAAGCCAUAAGUGAGUACUUGGCUCUACUUAAUUCCGCAGGAACAAUGUGAAUGUCGCUUUGCCUAUAAGAAUUGCACAACUUUAACAACCGUGGAAAGGAGAUCCCAAAUCGAAUGUACAUAUAUAAUAGACAGCAGGUCAUGUCCAGACGAUCAAUGUCUUUUAUCUGUCGUUUUCCCAACAAUGUCAACACUAAUAUUAGCGCCAUGUUGUUUUAACUAACCUGCUUUUCACCAUUUCUGGAGUUAUAAAAUUGCACAGUGCUAUUUUACCUUUUAAGG